UGACAACAAUCCUGAAAAAGAUAGUGUUUAUAUAAAGAGUUGUUGUUCCCGAUUUACUAUCGUGAAGCUAUACAAUGCAUUAAUUACUAGUAAUGGAAUCAACAGACAUAGAUCAUCCCUCUACAGGGGGCUUUGCCCUCAUCUACCAGAAUCCCUACUUGCUGGGGGUUGCUUCGUUCUCGACUCUGGGAGGUCUACUCUUUGGGUAUGAUCAAGGCGUUGUGUCAGGAGUUAUCACAAUGGAAUCCUUUGGUGCUCGGUUCCCUCGAAUAUACUCGGACAGUGGUUUCAAAGGGUGGUUUGUCUCAACACUGCUCCUUGCCGCAUGGUUCGGCUCCCUUAUCAACGGCCCGAUUGCAGAUAGAUUGGGCCGUAAGCUGUCCAUGAACGUUGCGGUCGCCAUCUUCGUCGUAGGGUCAGCUAUCCAAUGCGGUGCUGUGAAUAUUCCCAUGCUCUUUAUUGGGCGUGCCAUCGCCGGUCUGGCGGUUGGUCAAUUGACCAUGAUCGUGCCUCUCUACAUCUCAGAGGUUUCCAUACCCGACAUUCGCGGUGGUCUCGUCGUACUCCAACAGCUUUCAAUAACAAUCGGCAUCCUAGUUAGCUACUGGAUCGACUACGGCACAAACUACAUCGGUGGCACCCGUUGUGCCCCCAGUAUUCCAUACACCGGCCACACAAAGAACACGCUCACAUUCAACCCGUACACAGACGUACCGCCCAGCGGCUGCACCGGUCAAUCUGAGGCCUCAUGGCGACUCCCACUUGCCAUCCAGAUUCUCCCUGCCCUCAUCCUAGGCCUAGGAAUAACCUUCUUUCCCGACUCCCCCCGCUGGCUACUGAUGAAGGAACGUGAUGACGACGCUAUAACAGCCCUCUCCGAACUCCGCCGCCAGGCAAGAGAAAGCCCCCAGCUAAUCCAUGAAUACCUAGAGAUCAAAGCAUCGAUCAUGCUAGAGAGUGCUUUUGCCCGGGACCAUUUUCCGAACUUGUCCGGUGUCCAGCUGCACGCAGCUCAGUACAUGUCUUUUCUCACCACGUGGGCGCGGUUUAAGCGUCUAGCUAUUGGAUGUUGUGUUAUGUUUUUUCAGCAGUUUAUGGGAUGUAAUGCAAUGAUUUAUUACGCACCCACCAUCUUUGGGCAAUUGGGGCUUGAUGGGAAUACUACUUCCCUACUUGCUACGGGCGUGUACGGAAUCGUCAAUUGUCUCAGUACUCUGCCAGCGCUCUUCUUGAUUGAUAAGAUAGGUCGUCGGAUUCUACUCAUGUCUGGUGCUGUAGGGACAUGCAUAUCGCUGGUCAUUGUGGGCGCGCUUAUUGGGGCCUACGGAUCAGAUCUGAUCAAUCAUAGAUCUGCCGGGUGGGCAGGCAUCGCCUUCAUUUAUAUUUAUGACAUCAACUUUUCCUAUUCUUUUGCACCCAUAGGCUGGGUCCUGCCAUCAGAAAUCUUCAACCUUUCAAUUCGUUCCAAAGCCAUUUCAAUCACAACAUCGGCAACUUGGAUGUGCAAUUUCAUCAUUGGGCUGAUCACACCCGAUAUGCUCGAUUCCAUCACUUGGGGUACCUAUAUUUUCUUUGCGGCAUUCUGUCUCCUCGCGCUGGCAUUCACAUAUUUCUGCAUCCCCGAGACUCGUGGAAAGACUUUGGAAGAUAUGGAUCUCAUCUUCGGGGAUACGGCAGCCCAUGAAGAAAAGCAACGCAUUGUCCAAAUUGAGGCCGAGCUCCGGGGUACGCAGGCGCCUGACAAAGACAACUUAGUCAAGCCCUCCGUACAGCAAGAAGAGUACGUCGUUUGAGGUUCCCUCAAUGACUCCCUUCGCACAUAACGCUACACGGUGAUAUCCG